CUGCAAACUGCCGCUGUCCGGGUCUAUUCGCUAAUGGAGACGAUCAUUGCCGGUCGGUACUUUUGACAAACAGUGAUUAAAUGUGUAGCGUGUUGGAAGUGUUAAGCGGAAAACGGAAUGGUGAUACAGUUCAGUUUUAGAACGAACAUGAGGAAGACGGGUUUCUCGUUAGCAUUGGUUCUUGUACAAGCAGCAAUAUCACUAGUGAAUUCAGCAAGUACAUACAAUACACAACCUUCCACUAGGAUGUCCCUCAGUACAACGGGUGAAGCUAGUACGAUCAAGCCAAUAACAGCGAACUCCGUUGAUCCAGGACUUCAAAAGACCUUCAUUUAUCGCAAUGCCGACUGCUCACUUAUUGCUAACAGUGAGUCGGGUAAAGAAAAAAUAAACAAAUAUCUUCAAAACCAAGACGUGAAACUCAUACGGUAUAUAUUUAAAAUAGAUGACACGAAAACCAUGGACACGACCUCAAGCAAACUGUAUCGCCCAAUGUUUUGGGCACGGACGUUUUCCGCCCAGGGUCUAGGGGUACUCCUAUUAGGGGAAAUGUACGAAGUGCUCUCGUUUCGCCUUCUUGCCAUUGGCAUACAAACUCUUACAAUCCACUUAUCCCAAAAGCCAGCAGGAUGUCUUCAGGGAAAGACAGAGUUGGAAAUUGAGCAGCUGCUUCGUCUUGCCAUCCUCAGUGACCUUAAGAUGCCCAGCAGUGCGAACAAUAGUGACUUUAAAGGAUUCAAAGGCUCACAGCACAUUUGCAAUCAGCAUGCCCUCACUGACUCAGGGAUUUUGAACCUUUCCUACUACUGUUGCACCGUGGACAAAGACAAUCAACUGGUAUGUGAAUACCUGACCUACACAAUCUGGAUGAUGGUUAUAUUCUGGGUAGCGAUGAUUUUGCCGGGGAUAGUAGUUCUCUUUUUACCAAACUAUCUGCCAAAGUCAAUCGUGGAAUCGAAGAAGCUCACGGAAUCGUUGACCUAUAGACUAAGCGAAAAUAAAGUCUUAUGUGUUACUAAAAUAACAUCAAAGGACCAAAUUGAUGAAAUAUCAAAGGACCAAAUUGAUGAAAUAUCAAAGGACCAAAUUGGUCAAAGCCAAAAAUAUACGGUCAUCAAAAUGGAAACAAUAAAAGAUAUGGCAUUUUUUUCUAAAACAGUUUCAAAACUUGAAGUAAAUAGGCAAUCUCGUCUACCGUUGCAAUAUAUCAGUUGUAAGGUUCCCAAUGAAGAUACUUUUACGAAAGAGCAUCAACCAAUUGGUCUGUGGGAUGUUUUCAGAAGACAGAUAAUUAAUUGCAGAUUGCGUAAAUCACCAUAUCUAGAAGAGUGCUGUGAAACGAAAUUGUGUUCUACGUCCGUAAAGUGGUAUAUGCUACUGAAAGUGGUUAUGAAAUUCUUGUUUGCUAUUAUUGUAUUCGCCCCAGUUCUUGUACAUAUUGCGAUAUUCUUUUAUUUCGAAUACAAAGAAGUACGCGCACAAAAAAAGACUGCAAACGAACAUUCAGUGGACUUUGUUAAUCAGAAUGGGUUAACAGUCCAUGUUCCACUCUCUCACCCGAUAUAUAUCACUGCAUGUGCGGUUUUCGGACUCAACACGAUUGGGUAUUGUUUAGUAAGCUUUUUUUGCAAAAAUUCACUGUAUGACACCCAAUUUAUUGUGAAGUCAUGUUUAAAUGGCAUGAUGAAUGACAUGGCGAAUAGGGGAAUGUUUUUAAGAAAUUCCACGAAAACGCUCGGCGUUCAUAUUAGCAGGUACGGGAUUUUAGGACUAAUGGUCGUACUCCUACUAGUUGUUUUACUCGCACCAUUUUGGAUUGCAUAUUUGUUACCUUUGGUAAAUUUACUUUUUAGACUGUUGUACGUAAUUGUAUUAGCACCGGGGAGUAGCAGCACCACAAAAAUUGAACAUUGUAGGCGAUGCCUCGCGAACUCAGAAGACGACUCAACGAAAAAAACGUGCGGUUUCUGUUGCCAUUUCGUUCAAUGGUUUUUUUGUAUCUUCGCUAUGGUAACAAUUGGUUCUCUUGUGCUUAUAACAUACGACUGCAUUUGCUUCUAUGUUGACAUUGUUAUGUAUACAUUCAUCGGUUUGAUUAUUAACUUCGACGCGGCUGCAGCGUUUGUUUCUCUUUUCGUUCUUGUGAUGUUUUACGGCCAAAGAUGCUACGGAUCUGUGUAUGAAAAGAAUGCUGCUUUCUUUGAGGCUCUGUUGCAUCUCUGCACAAAGCAAGCCAAUUCCUACAAACAGAAGUCAAGUCAUACUGAAAAAUUGAUUGAUCUUCAACCUGCAUUAUGUCAGAAUGAUGAUAAUAAUGACAGUUUGCUUGUGACAGCAAACAAAAAUCCGAGAUGGAAGAUUAAAGGAGCAUCGCUAUUAAUAAAUAAUAAAAAUGAGCCUUGCCUUCCGACAAAAAUUUAUUACGAAGCCUGCAAUGUGCUAAUAUAUGAAAGGAAUGUUUUACUGCAGUACAUCAAGGCAAUGAUAGAAUUCAUCCUGAUUUUGGUGUUCCUUUCUUUUGUGAUGGUCAUCGUGCUUGCGUUUGGCGACGACUACCAUCUGAGUACAACCAACAAAACUCUUGUCGCUGUGAUGGGCGGAGUUGUGCCUUUCUUGUUGACAAAAUUUGUGUUCAAAAACAAAAACACACCAAACUGGGACGUGGAAAACCCCUCUUUUCAUUCUGAGGUUAACAAAGUAUUGCACAGUUAUGAGGAUAGAUGGCUGAUAGAUGAUAUAGCAGUUGAAAAUCCCUCCUUAACGAGAUCCGAUGAAACGGCUAAUACUCCUUGUGUUCCAAUAAUCGAUGAGGGAGAGAACAUGCCAGCAAUGUGUCUCUACAUAUUGGAUGAACACGGAACAAGCGCGGAUGCAUGCUCGAAGAUAUAAUCAUUGGAAAUGAAGGACGAACUUGUAGACGACCUGGACGGAGGAAAUUCUGACUACUCUGACGAUCAAAGACAAAACAAUGUUGCGAUAGAAGUCAAGGUCGUGGCAAGCUUAGAGCAUUCUGGUCCUACGAAUGAUGGAUCUCCGCCCUUGAAUCAGAAUGAAUCUUCAGAACUUUACUUAAGAUGUAUUUACAUUAAACAUAAUACAAUUACAACAAAUUAUCACUAUACCUUAGCAUUAUCAGAUCACAAAAUUCAAACUUACCACCAUACUCAAGUUUAAAAUAUCACAUUAUUUUUCUUCAACAGAAGUUGUGCUUCAUUUUCCUGUCAUGAUAUCUUAAAAAGGUAAACCUCAAACUAAAAAAGUCAUUGAAUUCAAAGGUAACAACAAUUGAAAGUUGUUUUUUAUAAUAUCGACCAAGUUGUUAUUGAAUCCAGUGAGGAUAUACAUGUUCGUACGUUUGAUGUUUAGUAAUGUUAUAUAGAUGACGUGUUCUCUUGGUUCAGAAUUUCAGUAUUUAUAUUUCAACUACCAUUCAUAAUACAUAGAAUAUUAUAUAUAAUGGAAAUGUAUCACUUAUAGUCGUAAUAUUUUAAUUUUUUGCGGUUCACCCAAAAGUAAUUUGAUGUGAAAACAAAGAAAAUCCAUUAUUUUUUAAACUUACAUUUACAAAUGUUAUGAUUUUACCACAAUUAUUUCGAAAUAAAUCUCCUUUUGUGAGAUAAGGCGACCUUUAUAAUCAUUGUUAGUUAUAUAAUUAAUAACAUGUAUCGCUUAAAUUUUAACAUUUAAAAAAAAAACAGUUAAGGAAGUUCAGGUAUGAUUUAAUUUUUUUUUCGAAAACCCUGUCAUGCUUGUAUCUCUUUGUCCUAGCAGAAGACUGAUUUCAAUUUCAUAGAUGAUUUCGGUAGUAUCAGUGACACUGCUAUAUGCAUAUACUUUUGCAUUUUAUAAACAUUUAUAUCUUUUUGCAGUUUUGCAAUUUUAGUUUUUCGUACACACGACAAUUUUGAUUAUUAUUGGCUUAAUUUGUAACAUAAUUAUUAAAAGAUAAUGUACUGAAUAACAUUUUAUUAUUGUUAACCUAUUAAAAGACGAAGAUAAAGUUCUAUCAGUAUCAGAUUAUACAUUCAUAAUAUAUGUCUUGCAUUUAUGAAUAUAUAAUACAACGUAUGCACUAGUAACCAUUUGAUUUGUAUAAUUUUUUCAUGAACUAUUGUAAAGAUACAAUCCUUAUUCCACCAUUGUGUUUGUUUGUUUGUUUGUUUAAUUGUUUGUUUGUUUAAUUGUUUGUUUGUUUGUUUGUUUGUUUGUUUGUUCGUUCGUUCGUUCGUUCGUUCGUUUGAAAUAUAUUGAUAGCAAUGUUCUUUAUGUAUUAGGAAAUAAUAUAUUGACUUGACUUUAUUCAGAAUAUAAAUUGU